AUGAAAGAACUCCUCUAUGGCCAGGAAUCCGCGAAGAAGCUCCAAGAUCUCUUCAAUGCCCUCUCUCAAGCCGGCAAUGGCAGCGACGUCCGGCACCCUGUGUCUGCCGAAGAUCUGGUCCAUAAUGUCAUCAAGUCGUUCAACAAAACCCUGUCGCUGCUGAGCCACGCCGAGCCCAACGAGGUUUUGCAAGUCCCGCUCAUGGCCUGUGUCAAGUCCGAGGACUCCAAGGAGAGUAGCGAGACUUCAGUUCCUAGAGAUCGCCGCGGAUGUUACAAUAGAAGGUCCGAUCACAAGUUCGACCAGGGAUAUCAAGCAACCAAGCAGGUCCAAAAGAUGAAGGAUGACCCGCCCGUCUACAGGACCAUGUACCGAGGCCACCACACUUGCGAGAACCUCAUCCUCAAAGGCCCCCCAAUCAACCUGGAUUCAUCAAGCCCUGGGGACUCCUCCAUCCUCGCCUGCUUCAACACUAGCCUUAAUCCCAAACAAGACGAUAAAUGGUCAGCCAUUGCAUCUCAGUUACCAGGGAGAACGGACAACAAAGUCAAGACUCACUGGCACACCAACUUGAAGAAGCACUUGAAUCAAAAUACCCCACCAUCAUCAACAACGUCUCCACAAGAAGCAACCAUCACAGAAAAUCAUUCAUGGGAUCAUGAAGCUAUACCUAAUAAUAUAUCCGAUACAAGUCCAAACAAUAUUCUCGACCUUCCUAUGGACGGCCCUAUGACUGCUCAGAUCGUGGAAGGGUUUGCGUCCCUCCAUUCAUCUUCGAGCUCGAGGGAGACUUCAUUAUUGCCGUGCAUGGAAGCUGUGGACUUCUCAGACACGGAGUACGAAGCUUCUCGCGACACAUAUAUUGCAGAGUCUAGCGGGAGUUUCUGGACUGAACCGUUUAUCACCGACAACAAUAUCGAAUCCCGGCUCCUACUAGAUGAAUCUUCUCAUGAUGUUUUCUAUUGA